CCCACUCCUACAUCACUGCAUGUACACACAACCCACUUGGCGAGCAACACAACAGGCAAAUAUCAGUCAGCCUUCACAUGAACCAGACUGACUGACUGGACUCUCUUUGCAGCGCUCAUACCAUCACUGGAAGGAAGGACUACUCUUUUGUGGCUUUUUGUUUGCUGUUUUUUCUCUAAAGCUCUGCUGAUGCUGAGGUGUGUGGGUGACCCCAAGAGAAAAGGAAGCGAAAUAACCAUGUGGAUCCCGACCCCCAGCAUGACUCGCCCUCAGCGGAUGGUCCUGUACGGGACAUGCGUGGUGGCGGUGUUGAAUUCUGUAGGUCUCCUGGUGCUCCUGGUCCAGCAGAACCAGCAGCAAGUCUGGCUGAAGCAAGCAGGGUCCAGGCUGGCAGAGGUGGAGCAGAGCUCGGUGGUGGAGUUCCUCCAGGAAGUGCCAAGAGAACGAGCGGGGAUGCAGGGGGCCCUCGGGAAGCCUCAGUAUCAAUACUCCAGGAAUAAGAGGAGUGAUGCCCAGGAGCAGGAAAGGGAGUUGGAGAAGGAGGCGCAUCAGGAGGAGAUCCACCAGCAGGAGGUCAGCCAGGAAGUAGGAGAGAAGGCGAAGACGAAGCAUCAUACGAAACACAAGCAGCGUCAUAACCGUCAUCACGUGCAGGAUGACAUGAUGAUGAUGCUCACUUACUCUAUGGUGCCGAUUAAAUUGUUGAUGGACAUUUGUAACAGCACCCAGGGAGUCUGCAUCGCCGGACCCCCAGGACCACCUGGUCUGCCAGGUGCGGACGGGAUACCUGGGACUAACGGGACUGAUGGCGUCCCUGGGAUCAAUGGGACUCCCGGUGCUGAUGGCAAACGAGGGAAAAGAGGACUACAAGGUGAGAAGGGAGAAACUGGGGAUAAAGGAGAUGGAGGAGAGCCCGGUCCCCCUGGAGAGAAUGGCCAAGCUUCCAAUGAUGUCAUCAUCGAGGGUCCUCCUGGACCGAUCGGGCCUCCCGGACCAAUGGGGCCCCCUGGACCGCCAGGACCUCAAGGGCCCUUAAGAACGAGGCACCACAGAGCCCAUCUGCAGGCAGUUCAGACCAUGGAACCACUAGAUUCUAUUCCUAAUGACGAGACAUCAUUCACCAAAGGUACAAGUAAAGCUUACGAGAAGGCAUCGAGGACCAAUGAGUGCAUAAUAAAGUCACUGAUCAACCCCAGAAAUGUGACAAAGAUGGAGAACACCUUUGGUACAUGGAUGAAAGACACUGCUUUGCUCAACGAUGAACGCAUUUGGGUUGCAGAACACUUUUCGGGUCGUGUGCUGAAGGAGUAUCGGAACGUUGCUUCUCUCCGGUCCAACAGCAGCGAGGCAGUGAAUGUUCGGAAGUUCUAUCAGGGCUGUGGUCACACGGUGCACAAUGGCUCCUUUUACUAUCAGAUUGCUGGCACAUGCAGCAUUGCCAGAUUUGACUUCCACACCCAGAAGCUUCACACGCUCACGAUAGAGAACGCUCUCUACCACAACCUGGCCUAUCUGCUGCACAACUCCAAGACCUACUUCAAACUGGCGGCCGACGAGAACGGCCUGUGGCUGAUCUUUGCCUCCAGCGUGGACGAGAGCAUCGUGGUAGCCCAGCUGGACCAGAAAACCUUCUCCAUCACCUCCCAUAUCAACACCACCUAUCCCCGCACCAAGGCUGGUAACGCCUUCAUUGCCUGCGGGGUUCUGUACGUUACAGACACCAAGGACACAAGAGUCACUUUUGCUUACGAUCUUCUCAAGGGCAAACCAGUCAAUGUAACCUUUGACCUGAGGCCUCCAGGAGGAGUGCUGGCUAUGCUGUCCUAUAGUCCCAAGGAUAGACAUCUGUACGUGUGGGACAACAGCUUUGUCAAGCUCUAUGUGGUCCACUUCAUCUCGGAUGACUAAAUAACGCUGAUAACUAAACUCUCAGUUUUUACAAACUGUUGAGGUUAUGCAGGAAGUGGAAAUUAUGGUUUCAGUUGGCCAAUAGGCAAGUGUGUCAAAAGAACAGUGCCGUCUUCCCAAUCUACAUCACAACUCAUUUUUUUCACCAUGCGUAUCAAUCAAAACAUAUUCUUACCUACAUUUUCCAAGCUAUGUUCAACUAUUUGCAUGAUUGUAUUCUAUAUUCUGUACAUACCUUUGUAUUUGUGAAUGACCUUUACCAUUAGGAGUGCACAAAAAAUGGUUUCGCAUCCGAAUCACAAUUCAUGUUUAUCCCGAUUGUAAAUCAAUUAAUAAUUUUCAUAAAUGUAUUUCAAUGUUUUUUUAUUUUUAAUAUGAAUCCAUUUUUAAAAUAUGUUUUAAGGCCAUUUCUCUGCAACCAGUAGUUUUUCUAACCUCUGACCUGUUUUGAAAAAGUUCCAUUGCAAUUAUUAUACCAAAUAAUACAUUGUGAGAAUCUGUUUGAAUCAGGAAUCGUGUUGAAUCGAGUAUCGAUUCUGAAUCGAAUCGUCACCACAGCUCAAUGGUCUCUCCCUAGCUUACAUCAAAGAUCUCCUGGACCAACCCACCAGCUCCAGGCUUGGUCGUUGCCUUAGAUCUGACAACCAGAUGACCCUGAAGGUCCCACGGUCAAACCUAGUGACAAAGGGAGACCAUGCUUUCUCAGUGAUGGCACCAAUGCUAUGGAAUAAGCUCCCUCUGAAAAUUAAGUCCGCUACCACUCUGGACUCUUAGAGCACAGCAUAAAACUCACCUCUUUACCGCAGAUGACUUUGAUUUAUGUGUUCAUUGUGAGUCUUAAAUGUUUAGUUUAGAUUCCUUUGUGUGUCUCAGUCUCUGUUUCUGUUUUGUUUCUCUACUCGGGCUGAUGUAACAGUUGGUUGGGGGGCGCAUAAUAAAUGAAAAUAACAUAACAUAACAUAACACAGAAAUCAAUUGAAUUGCUAGGUGACCAAAGAUUCACACCCCUAUUUACCGUGUUUCCUCAAAUAGUGGCCUCCAAUCUAAUAGUCUCAAUUAUUGGGAAACAAAUAUGUGCAUCUCUUCAAAUAGUAACAUGUGAACUCUGUUGCUACAACAAACAAACUACACAGGGAGAUACUUUUGUCUUUCAGCUGCAUUUAAAGGGGAACUGCACUUUUUGCCAUCAUUCACAAUCCUUAUGUGAGACAAGAACACACAUCUUUGCCCUUUUCUGUAUUUUCUAAAUCAUAAAAGAUUGCAUUUAAGAGGCGGCUAACAAUGCAGGUAAUGGGGAUACGAUUCCGCCUGUAAACCACUCCAAAAGCAUCCAAAAACCUCCUAUACCAGGGGUGGCCAACCAGUCAGUCUGUGUUACCACAAAGCGCCACAUUUUACAUAUGGGCACACAUUAGGCUGACCAUAUUCUCAAAUCCCAAAAAGAGGACACAUAUAUGCUUGCCAAGGCGAGCAGCACGCCAAGGCCAGGACUAGGUGAACAUUUGCCAAUGAUACACGAACAUGCUUUAUAUCGUAUUUUUCGGAUUAUAUGUCGCAGUUUGUUUUUUUUAUAGUUUGGCCGUGGGUGCGACAUAUACUCCGGAGCGACUUAUGUGUGAAAUUAUUAAAACAUUACCGUAAAAUAUCAAAUAAUAUUAUUUAUUUAUCUCAUUCGCGUAAGAGACGAAGCAAAUGUCCGCAGUCGCCACGCACACGUCAGCAAUCGUCACACACGUCAACCAAUAAGAAUUCGGCGGGGGCGGGUCAUGGCAGAAGUGCAUUGUGGGUCAUGGCAUAAGUGUAUUGUGGGUCAUGGGAUGCUAACUGCUGCUACAUCCUUAGCUAUAAAAAUGGAUUAUUUCAACAUUGGCGGUAACUUAUAAAAACAGAGAAGGGCUGAACUAAAAUGGCACCGAAAAGGAAAUCAUAUACUGCAGAUUACAAGCUGGACGUAGUGAAAUAUGCAGCAGAAAACGGCGAUCGAGCAGCAGAAAGAAAGGACAUACCAGGGGCGACACCGGGGAGGAAGACUUCAUGGGAUUUAGCGAUCGGGUGUGACAGAUUGUUUGGUAAACGUAUAGCAUGUUCCAGUGACGUGCAGUCACUAGAGGCAGGUGAGGCGGGGCCUCACCUGCCAUCAUGGAAAGAAAAAAAAUGUAAAAAGAAAAAAAAAAUUAAAUUGUUAUAUGUAUCCAGUGAUUAUACUAUAAAGUUAUUUUCCAUUUAA